AUGGGCUCAAAGAAGAAGGCUAAGAAAAAUGCCGAUUUUAAGAAGGUCAAAUUGAAAGUCGGCAAGAAACUCAAGAAAACUACCACAACUGAUACAACAAUUCAAACGAAGAAGGUUGUACUUAUUUCUCAACUCGAGGAAAAAUCGGAGUCUUCUGAAAAGCCACUCUCUUUUCGGGGUCUUUCGCUAGACGAACUGUGCAAGCAGCUCGGUCACUUCAAUAAGAGCAACACUGGAACAAGUUUUAUACCGAGAAUUUUGCAGGGUUCGCAAUUUUUCGUUGUCGAUUAUUGCUAUGCUGUUGAAUAG